AUGUCUGAUAUAGAGGAAGAGGAAUUAAUACAUCGUCAUAGUCAUGAUAAUAUAGAGAGUAACAUUACGGAGCCAGAAAAUACCAAUUUUCCCAAAAAGAUUGAGUUUGAAGGUGAAGUACUAAGUAUAGACACAAACAAUUGGAGACAUUCAAAAUUAUUAAAAUUACAAAUCAUUGCGUCUUUUUUAGUAUUCAUACUAUUUGGAUUGGGUGAACAAACAGUUGGAACCAUUAUUCCUGAAUUACAAGCAUAUUACAAAAUAAAUGAUUUAUAUGUUAGCUUGUUAUUUUUUACAUCAGUCAUGGGAUAUUUAACUAUGGCUAUUUUGAAUAAUAUAAGUCAUGACUUUUUAGGUAUAAGAGGAGUAUCGGUAAUGGGAGCAACCGCAAUGACUUUGGCAUAUAUUAUAUUAUCCAACAAGCCUCCAUUUUUUAUAUUUUUACUUUGUUAUCUAAUGCAUGGGAUUGGAUUAGGUGCUUUAGAUGCUUCUAUGAAUGCUUGGAUGGGGAACUUAGUUGAUUCUAAUCAAUUACUUGGGAUUUUACAUGGAUGUUUUGGAAUUGGAAGUUUAAUUACUCCAAGUUUAAUUACUUUUUUGUUGGAGAAAGAAAUAAAUCCAUGGAAAUGGAAUCAGUAUUAUAUCUUGUUAGCUGUUUGUGGUUCAUCAAUCUUGAUUUUUGUUGGUUAUACAUUUAGAUUUGAAACCCCUAAAAAAUAUAAAUAUUUACUACAAUCUAGACAUAAAUCAGCAAAGGUCAAUGAUGAAGUUGAAUUAGAUGAUUUGAAUAAAGAUGAUUUUGAGAUUAGUGAAGAAAAUGAAGAAGAAGAAGAAGAAGGUGAUGGCGCACACUCGGCUAGUUUCAGUCAAGCAAUAAAGCAGCCUUUAAUUUGGGCAUUUGCAUCCAUUUUAUUCAUAUAUGUUGGUGGUGAAGCGUCAUUUGGAAUUUGGCUAGUUACUUACUUGUUGAGAAUAAAAGAAAUGUCUUAUAAAGCUUCAUCAUAUAUGGCUACUACAUUUUGGUUGGGAUUAACUGUAGGUAGAAUUGUGUUGGGCUUUGUCACAGCUCAUUUUUUCAAAACUGAACUAACUGCAAAUUUAGUUUAUAUUGUUAUAUCAUUACUUGGAUAUAUUUUAUUUUGGGUUUUUUCUUUCACUCAAUUAUAUGUGGUUUUAUUUACAAUUGUUUUCAUUACUGGAGUGGUUGUUGGUCCAAUUUUCCCUACAACUAUAGUAUCACUGGUCAACAUUUUACCAGCCAAAUAUCAAACUGUUGGAAUUGGAUUUAUAUGUGCAUUUGGGGGAGCUGGAGCUGCUGGUAUACCUUUCAUAAUUGGUUUAUUAGCAGAAAGUAGUGAUUAUGGUUUAAAAGCUUACCCUAUUAUUAUCAUAAUUAUGUUUGCUAUACUUUUAUUUUUAUGGAUGUUCAUAAUAACUAAAUUUGCAAAAGUAUAUAGACGGAAUCUUAUAUAA